CAAGCUAGGGUUUCGUUGUCCCCCUUUCUUCUUCCCCGAGCUCCGCCUCCAAAUCAGGGGUGACUCUAGAUCGAAUCCAUCCAUUAGCUCGGGUUCUUACGCCUUCCCAGGCCCUCGACGCCCGACGCCGUCCUCCCAGGCCCCCGACGCCGCCAUCUCAGGCUCCCGACGCCGUCCUCCCCGGCUCCCGACGCCGCCAUCUCAGGCUCCCGACGCCGUCCUCCCCGGGCCCUCGACGGCAGCUGCUGGGACGCCCGACGCCGCCCUCCCAGGAUCCCGACUCCGUCCUCGCCGGGCUCUCGGCGGCACCUGCUGGGACGCCCGACGCCGCCCUCCCAGGAUCUCGACUCCGUGUCCUCCCCGGGCCCUCGACGGCAGCUGCUGGGACGCCCGACGCCGCCCUCCCAGGAUCCCGACUCCGUCCUCCCCGGGCCCUCGACGGCAGCUGCUGGGACGACCUCUCCAAGCCGCCGCACGACGCUGUUCCCUGGCCUUGCCGGACGACCCCGCGGCCAAGCUGCUGGCGUUCGCUCUUCCAAAGCUCCGCCACACAAAACUCCCUCCCUCAACCUUGAGGUCCUUCCCAGCCAGGCGGCCCGCGAUAUCACCCUGAUCGAAACUCACCACCGAAUGAGUUUGCUAAUAGGUUAAAGCUAUGGGUGGCCCGUCGCUGUUCUAGAUCAAUUGUUUAUGUGGAAUUCCGACCAAUAGACCCUGAUGCAGUGUUAGAGCAGUGGAAUACUGUACACCCAAUUCCGGCAGAUCCUGAGGGGGCAGCUUCACCACAGCAGGCUGAGGGGGCAGCAUCACCACAACAGGCUGGGGGUGCUGCAGCAGAACAUGCCAGGAGGGCGGUGGAAAGUGCAAGAACCCUCUCUUGCACUGGUUCCUUUGUGCAUACAGACGGAAUUGACCCCCACCAUUAUGUAUUGACUUCUGCGCAUGCUGUUGCUCCAAUUUUCACCAGCAAUGUACCAAUGACAGCAUGGGACCUUAGUCACUUCUACGAACCACAUGUUCUUUGUUACCACCGUGAGCUGGACCACCAGAAUGGGCACGACAAUGUGAGGGUUUUCGUAAGAGGAUGGGUGGCUUUCUUGAGCUGCGAAAAUGAUCUGCUAAUGAUUCGCGUCACCCAACCCCAUAUGGAGGGGUACUGUCAGCAAGAUCAUCAGCCACUAACAUUUGCUUCUUCAUUUCCGAGACUCCUGAAUGAUGUGGUGAUGGUUUCAUGGCCAGAAGUUGGGAGAAGAUUGGCCGCUGUUUCUGGGGAGGUCUCCUACCCAAAUCGCCAUAUUGAUCUUUUAGAUGAAGUUAAUGUGUUUGGAUUUACUAUGGAACUCUCUGAGGUGAAUAUCACAUCGGAGAGUGGAAGUUUAGGGGCACCGUUACUUGACGGCGAGGGCAAUGUGGUUGGAGUACUGCAUGGUGGGAAUGGGCGGUUCUCCUUUUUCAUCUCUCUUGGUGACCUCAGGGAAGUUCUUAAUCAGUGGGGUUUCAUUCUUGCAGUUCCUGCUUAAGCUCCGCUGAAUCUGUCAAUUGUCUGUUCCACUUUGACUAUGCUAUGAUUGAAUUCACAGAACUUUUAGGGGUGGUUUCUAGGAAUUUUAAAUUGCUGCUGUAUCUUUACAAAUUGGAGUAGCUUUUGUUGAUUUUUUUCCUUGCAGUAAUCUAAGACAAUGGAUGUGGAUGGACAUUGAACAAGCAGACAGAUAUGUUUUCUGAAAUUCCUGUUAUGAAUGGAAAUUGCAAAGACAUUUGGAACUCAA